AUGGAUGACAGCGAUGAUGAAGAUGCCGAAGAUGAUGUUGUCAAUGAAGACGAAAAAGAAGAAGAUGGGGAUGUGUGCUUGGAUGUGCGAGAUGUUGAUGUUGAUGAGAAAAUCACAAUGUCUUUGAUUAUGUAUUCAACUUCUCAACGCGUUUUGGGCAAACUGCUGGCUGCUGGCAACGCCAGACAGAGUGCGCUUCUGGCCAAGUCAAUCACCACCAGUUCAGCUGAUUCAAAGUCAAGUGGCCUUUUUGCGCCGAACCAGUCUGGCAUUCUCACGCCAACUAACGCAAACGCCACCAGCGUAAGAUCGCUUUUCAACGAGUCGUUGUACUCCAAUCGAGCCCAGUAUGGAGGCCGAUUCAUGGUGACCUGCCUUCCUGGUGAUGGUAUCGGCCCUGAGAUGAUCAGCCAUGUUCGCCGCAUUUUCAAGGCUGGCGGAUUUCCCGUCGAUUUUGAGGAGGUCACUCUGGACUCCACACACGAGGAUCCGGAGAACAUGAACGAGGCGAUCACCUCAAUUCUGCGAAACGGCGCGGCCAUGAAGGGCAACAUUGAGACUCGCGAGCACUCGAAGUACUUUCUCUCGCGCAACGUCGAGCUGCGCCUCCGACUGAAUCUGUUCGUGAACGUCAUUCGCUGCAAGUCCCAGAUUGGCAUCACCACCCGCCACAAGGACAUCGACCUGGUGCUGAUCCGCCAGAACACCGAGGGAGAGUACAGCUGCAUGGAGCACGAGAGCGUCCCCGGCGUCGUCGAAAGCCUGAAGGUGGUCACCCGAGAGAAGACUGAACAGGUGGCCCGUUACGCGUUUGACUACGCCCGUAAGUACAACCGCAAGAAGGUGACCUGCGUCCACAAGGCGAACAUCAUGAAGCUGGCUGAUGGCCUCUUCCUCAAGAUUUGCACUGACGUCGCCAAGGAGUACCCGGAUAUUCAGUACAAUAACAUGAUCAUUGAUAACUGCUCCAUGCAGCUUGUCUCAAAUCCCAAUCAGUUUGAUGUGUUACUGCUUCCUAACCUGUACGGAAACAUUUUGACUAAUAUUGCCUGUGGCCUUGUCGGUGGUCCUGGAAUCACCUCCGGUAUUAAUUACGGUCUCAAGCAUGCUGUCUUUGAAACAGGCACCCGAAACACUGGAAAGAGCGUUUCAGGCAAGGACAUUGCCAAUCCAAUUGCGAUGAUUAACGCUUCAGCUGAUCUGCUGGAGUACCUCAAACUGGACGAUCAGGCUGAAAUUGUCCGCGAGUCUAUUUACAAAGCAAUCAACGUGGAGAAGCUUCACACUCAGGACAUGGGCGGCACUGCCAGUACCAGCAAUGUUGUGGACUUUAUCAUCGAUGAUGUCAAGACUUUUUCUAAAAAUAAAAAUUAA